GCGCCAGCGCCUGUCGUGGUCCGCUGAAGUGCGUUUCAGAGUCUGAACCAUGAAGAACAGAAGAGCUCACUGGGAGUAGUGCGGACGUUGUGCAAUAUGCAAAUAUGACACGUUAUUUGUGUGAAGUUAUAAUGCAGCUGCGCGCGGACCCUGCUGCUGCCGCUGACCUCCAUGAAGUGUUCAAGAUAAAGUCGCACAGACAGUGAUAACAGAGACCGGACUCAUACAGGACAAACCCGCAGAAUAAGAGUGUGAAUGCGAUACUGGAGGAGAGAUGGGGAACGCAGGGAGCAUGAACCAACACACUGACCCCAGAGGACACCACAUGCCCCUCAAACUGCCCAUGCCCGAGCCGGCCGAGCUGGAGGGGAGAUUUGCGCUCGUCCUGAACUCAAUGAACUUGCCUCCAGACAAAGCAAGAUUACUACGGCAGUACGACAACGAGAAGAAAUGGGAACUCAUUUGUGACCAGGAGCGAUUCCAGGUGAAGAAUCCUCCUCACACAUACAUCCACAAGGUGCAGAGUUAUCUCGACCCAGCCGUGACCAGGAAGAAGUUCAGGAGGAGAGUGCAGGAGUCGACACAGGUCCUGCGGGAGCUGGAAAUCUCAUUACGGACCAAUCACAUCGGGUGGGUGCGGGAGUUUCUGAAUGAGGAGAAUAAGGGUUUGGAUGUGUUGGUGGAGUAUCUUUCGUUUGCACAGUAUGCUGUCACGUAUGACGGAGACAGCUCUGAGAACAGCACAGAAAACUCUGUGGAUAAAUCUAAACCCUGGAAUCGAUCGAUUGAAGAUCUCCAUGGAGGAAACAACCUCUCAUCAGCUGUCACAGGCAACAGCAUCUCCAGAGCCAGCAGACAUUCAACCAUAAGGUCUAACACGUUACCCAGCCGGAGGACACUGAAGAAUUCCAGAUUAGUAUGUAAGAAAGACGACGUUCAUGUGUGCAUCAUGUGCCUACGAGCCAUCAUGAACUACCAGUAUGGCUUCAACAUGGUCAUGUCUCACCCUCAUGCUGUGAAUGAAAUUGCACUAAGUCUGAACAAUAAGAAUCCCAGACAGGAGGUGUGUAAAGACGCCAGCUCUCAGGUGCACACCCUGCGGCGGAUGGUGAAGGAGAAGGACGAGACCAUUCAGAAGCAGUGCAACCUGGAGAAGAAGAUCCACGAGCUGGAGAAACAGGGAACCAUCAAGAUCCAGAAAAAAGCGGACGGGGACAUUGCCAUCCUGACGUCCCCUCCUGAGGGGAGCGGGCCUCUGCCAGGGUCACAGGGCGUAGCUGGGGUGUCCGGUGAGGGUGCGGCACAUGGCCUGACCAUGCCUGAACCUCCGCCUCCUCCUAUGCCAGAGACAUUACCAAACGGUCCAUCUGCUCCUCCUCCUCCUCCUCCUCCUCCUGCUCCUCCUCCUCCUCCUCCUCCUCUCCCUGCUGUGGAUAUAUCUGUCCCUAUGCCCCCUCCACCGCCCCCCAUGGCUCCUCCACUUCCAGGCUGCGGAUCUCCCACCGUCAUCAUGAACUCAGGACUGGCAGAGGGACCCAUCAAACUGUACUCUGUGAAGAUCAAGAAGCCCAUCAAGACUAAGUUCCGCAUGCCGGUGUUUAACUGGGUGGCGCUGAAGCCCAAUCAGAUCAACGGCACUGUGUUCAACGAGAUCGAUGACGAAAGAAUACUGGAGGAUCUGAAUGUGGAUGAGUUUGAGGAGAUGUUUAAGACGAAAGCACAGGGGCCUGCCGUAGACAUCACCUCCAGCAAACAGAAGACCUCUCAGAAAGGACCAACUAAAGUCUCGCUGCUGGACUCCAACAGAGCCAAAAACCUGGCCAUCACGCUCAGAAAAGUGGGCAAGACAUCAGAGGAGAUCUGCAGAGCCAUUCAAAUGCUUGACCUGCGGACGUUGCCGGUGGAUUUCGUGGAGUGUUUGAUGAGGUUCAUUCCAACGGAAGCAGAGCUGAAAGUUUUCCGGCAGUACGAGAAGGAGCGCAAACCUCUGGAGAACCUGACGGAUGAGGAUCGCUUCAUGGUCCACUUCAGCAAGAUCGAGCGUCUCAUGCAGAAGAUGACCAUCUUGGCGUUCGUGGGCAAUUUCACAGAAAGUGUUCAGAUGCUCACACCCCAACUUCACGCAGUUAUCGCAGCAUCUGUCUCCAUCAAGUCCUCACAAAAACUCAAGAAGAUUCUGGAAAUCAUCUUGGCUCUGGGAAACUACAUGAACAGCAGUAAAAGAGGAGCGGUGUACGGCUUCAAACUGCAGAGCUUAGACCUGUUAUUAGACACUAAAUCAACAGACCGCAAGAUCACUCUUCUGCACUAUAUCGCAAACGUAGUGAAGGAUAAAUACCAGCAGGUGUCGCUCUUCUAUAAUGAGCUGAACUAUGUGGAGAAAGCUGCAGCAGUCUCUCUGGAGAAUGUCUUAUUAGACGUGAAGGAGCUUCAGAGAGGCAUGGAUCUGACGAGGAGAGAGUACAGCAUGCACGGCCACAACACACUGCUCAGAGAUUUCAUACAGCAACAUGAGAAUAAACUCAAAAAACUUCAGGAUGAUGCCAAGAUCGCUCAGGAUGCCUUUGAUGAAGUGGUGAAAUUCUUUGGAGAGAACUCCAAAACAACACCCCCGUCCGUAUUUUUCCCAGUGUUUGUGCGCUUUGUGAAAGCAUACAGGCAAGCAGAGGAGGAUAAUGAACAGAGGAAAAGACAGGAGCAGAUGAUGAUGGAGAAGCUGAUUGAGCAAGAAGCUAUGAUGGCGCAAGAGGAUCAGAAGUCUCCCUCUCAUAAGAGUAAGCGUCAGCAGCAGGAGCUGAUUGUGGAGCUGAGGAAGAAGCAGGUGAAGGACAGCAGACAUGUGUAUGAGGGUAAAGACGGAGCCAUUGAGGACAUCAUCACAGAUCUGAGAAACCAGCCUUACAGGCGCGCUGACGCCAUCAGGAGGAGCAUUCGUAGACGUUUUGAUGAUCAGAAUUUGCGGCCAAUGAACAAUGCAGAGAUGGUCAUGUGACGAAGGCAGAGUGGAUGUGAUUGGAUGGGCUGGAGGAGUGGAGGAGGAGCUAAUGAAGGACUGAUGAAGAUGACAGCAGGUCUGAAAGCCAAGUGCCUACAUUUAACAUCUGUCCCAUCAGGUGUUGAAUCAUACAUGUGUUUUAGUCAGUGUCUUCUGUCUGUGAAUUUUUAUAUGACAAACGAUGUCUUGAGCUGUCUUUUAUCUUAUGGUGCAUCAAGUGUAUGGCGAGAUCAGUGUUUUUCUUGAGAAAGUGUCUGAAUGUAAAACUAUUCCAACACUUUAUGUAUCAUGAACCUGUACAACGGUUGCAUUCAUACAUUCCAGUGCUUUCGCCACAGAUCAAAACAACAGAUCAAUGUUGUUGUUUUUUUUCCAAAUCUACUGGUCGGUCUUAAAGAAGUCCUGUAGUGUCUGUCAGAGCCUGUUUUUAUUGUGGCGUUCACAUGGUAUUCUUGUGUUAAAAAACUGAUAGAUAGAGCCCAACAUAAUGGAAUACAGGUUGAGAAGCAUUUGAAACAUUUAAAAACUUCUGUAAAAGUUGUAUAAAAUGUUAAUGUCUUGAGAUGCUGUAGGGUGCGACAGUGGACAAAGAUAACAAUAAUAGCAUUCCUGAUUUGAAGGUAUUUAAAUGUGUUGUUCUCAAGACCCACACCUGUGGUCUUGUCCACUUGAGGGCACGUGUACACAACAGGAAGACUGUCCCAGGUCUGAAAAUGCCAAAGCACCACAAUUAAGUUGUCAUCUGAACAGUCAUUUACAAGUUUGUUUUUAAAGUGCAAA